AUGUCUGAACUCAUCCUCGAUAAUAAAACCUGUCCACUGAAGGUUCCCGGCUUCCACGAUAUCCCCAUAGAUGUCGAGCUUCCACAGGAUCAAUUCGCAGCGGGGAUCCAAGCCUGGCGAGCUACGAUACUUACUGCAAAAGAGCUAGCCAUGCUGGAUUUGAUCAAUACCGUUACCGAAAGACACGACUGGCAUGUGGGGAUUUUUCAUCAGGAAGAAAUCGCUCGCUGGCGAGACGCAGCGCUCUCAUCCUCGUCGGUAAUCAAUGAACAGACGUGGAGCUGGUGCUUGAAAGAGUUGCAAGACAAGGCAAGAGACUUUGAAAAGCGAGGCCACAUGCUAGUAUUUGACACCGGCAGUGGUGUCUCUACAAGGCGCCGCUUCCUAACCAAGGACGUGGAAGAGCGAAUACAACACCAAUAUAUUCAGAAGUCACCAGUCUUAAAUCUUGUUGAUCCGUCUCUGUUUUCUCUUGUCUACGGGAGAACAAGGGUGUUGACUGGAGGGCAGUCCUGUGGGAUGGACCAAACUGCUUGGUCGUCGUGCAUCCAAGAGGGCCAAAUUGCCCCCGAACAACCACAGUUUCCACGAGAGAACUCACGUUUGCAUUGGCUCAGUCAUGAAUGCAUUUGGUCCACCAAAUUUCAGUGGCUGCCAUGUGAAGUGGAAUUCACCGGUCCUCCUGGGUCCACCGACGUUCGAAUUACCUCUUACAUCAACAAUCUCCAUCCGACAAACCGGAACUUGUAUUCCGCAAUCGAGGGAGUUCUUGCAAGCUGUAUCAAGCAGUGGAAUGAGAUACUCAUUCGAGAGAAGUGGAUUGAACCGUCUGAAUACAGGAUCAGCCAUUGCAAACCCUGUCCUCGCGAGCCGAUUCGAAUACGGACUUACGGUGUCGACUGGAAAGCGCGAUUUCCUGAGUGGGCUAAAAAUCUGCCCGAAGACUCCAAGGAAAACCAGGUAUCUGCUGAGGAAUACGAAAGGAUGUGCGCUCAAGUGAAGGCGUACCUUCAGGAACCCGAAUCCAAAGAUAAAGUACACUGGUUUCGGGUUCAUACGCAAAAGAUCCCAGAGGAUUGGAAAAUACGAUGGGGGUUGCGUCGUACAGCCUUAACAAAAUAUGCACACAUGUUCUUCUUUGAGCACUCUGAUCCCGGCACUGCGUAUUCAUACGAGGACUGGAAAGCAGGAAGGACCAGCGAAGCAAUUGUUGGCCCCGUAGACCAGGGGAAUGGGGGUCCAGUAUUUGAGACGGAGCAAUUCCUUCUGUCUAACCCGUGGCUGGAACCCUACCGAUGGGCCUAUGAGCCAAAAGGUCAAAAGGACGAUGACCAUCAAUUCUACACGGUUGCCCUGCAGGGCGAGUUUCGAGGAAAGGGUCUUCAGGUUGUGGUCAAGCUCCACAGUAUCGAGCUAGAGCCUGAUAUCCCAUCCUUUUCUGGCGAGGACUGGCAUACUGAAGGGAAUGCAAACGAGCAUAUAGUUGCCAACGCCAUCUACGCGUUUGACUCUGGCAAUAUCUCCGAGCCGCAGAUUUCCUUUCGUCAGCGGCUCUCACACGCUGGCCAAAGAUAUGUCUACGACAAAUUAGGUGCCGGCAACGAUCCAGAUGACGACGAAAGUGACACUGAGGACGAGGAGGAUAAUGACGAUGAGGACGCCUUGAUAUUUGAGCGGGAUCCGGAAGAGAAGUAUGCGUGCUGGGAUGUCAAGUAUAUCGCAAGGCUUUUUGGAUUUAAAACAAUUCAGAAUGCGCCCGCCUGGCAGGAGCUAGGGAAAGUGAGAAUGCCUCCAGGUCGCUUGAUUGCUUUCCCCAAUGCCUUUCAGCACCGAAGGGGUCCGCUAGAGCUUCAGGAUAUGUCUAAGCCGGGACACUGUCGUUUCCUUACCCUUUGUCUUGUCGAUCCUACCUACCGCAUCUGCUCGACGCGAAAUGUUCCCCCACAACAACCGAAUUGGACUGAUGGCUCUGAACCGCAGAUGGAUUUGGAAGAAUCUCUGAAGCUGAAAGAAGAAUUGAAGAAGAUACAUGUCCGCAAGGACGAGGCUACCUUUGAGCUUGCUAGAAACAUUGUAUUCUCGGGAUUUCAAUGA